AUGGCCGCUGCAUCCCAGGCGCCAGCUGCCACUGCGGCAGAAUCGCACAAGAAUAAUCCAGGGAUCCUGGACGACGACAAAGCGGCCGAGACGAAGCUAGAGCCGUCGUCGAGCGUGUCGAGCUCAGGCUCGGAGGACCAUCAUGACGCCGCCGCGAAACCCAAGGGACGCCAAACAACGUCCAAAUGGUAUCGCAAGUUGAAUCCCCUCCGGCUUCAGAAGAUCCCUCCGGUCCCCAAAGAGAGAACCGUCUCUCGCGAAUAUGGCGCCAACUUCUUCAGUAUUAUCACCUUUCAGUGGAUGGCCCCCUUGAUGCAUACCGGCUAUCUCCGUCCACUGGAGCUGCAAGACAUAUGGAAGGUCAAUCCAGACCGGUCCGUCGAGGUGCUGAAGGCGAAGCUCGAUGCGUCGUUUCAGCGACGCCUGGAUCGUGGGGAUAGCUAUCCACUCCUGUUUGCCCUCUACGACACCUUUAAAGUGGAAUUCUGGAUCGGUGGCAUCUGCCAGCUCUUCAGCGCUCUAUUCCAGGUCUUUUCGCCGUACAUGACUCGUUAUCUCAUCGCCUUCGCCACAAGUGCGUAUGUAGCCCAACACAACCACCAGCCUGGGCCUCAUAUCGGCGACGGGAUUGGCUAUGCCGUCGGCAUUACUUGCAUGCAAAUCCUUCAGAGCUUAGGCAACAAUCAAUUCAUCUACCGUGGAUUCAUCGUCGGAGCCCAGAUCAGGGCAGUGCUCAUCAAUAUGCUCUUUGACAAGGCCAUGAAACUGUCCGGCCGUGCCAAAGCGGGCGGGAAGGCGAUUGAAGACUCUCAGGCUUUGCAGUCGGCCAAGGACGACCUCUUGAAACGGCCAGGCAAAGGUCCCAAGGUGACACCGGAUGCUGGAAAGGGUAUUGCAGGGGAUGGUCGAGGCUGGAGCAACGGGAGGAUUAUCACGUUGAUGAGCGUCGACGCGGACCGGAUCAACACCGCCAUGGGAAUGUUCCAUCUGCUGUGGACGGCACCUAUCAGUAUCAUCGUCACCCUGAUCGUCCUGUGUAUAAACAUCGGCUACAGCGCCCUGUCGGGUUACGCAUUGUUGGUACUCGGUGUGCCGGGUCUGACCUACGCCAUCCGAACUCUCAUCAAAAGAAGAAGGAGUAUCAACAAGCUCACUGAUCAGCGGGUAUCUUUGACCCAGGAGAUCCUGCAAUCGGUCAGGUUUGUGAAGUUUUUUGGUUGGGAAAGCAGCUUCCUGGAGCGUCUCAAGGUCAUCCGCAAACGUGAAAUUAGCUCCAUCCAAGUGCUGCUGGCGAUCCGCAAUGCCAUUCAGUGCGUGUCCAUGUCGCUUCCGACUUACGCGUCGAUGCUUGCCUUUAUCACGUAUUCUCUCUCCAAGCACACUCUUACCCCGGCUCCGAUUUUCUCCUCCCUGGCGCUGUUCAACUCUCUCCGGAUGCCCUUGAACUUGGUGCCACUGGUUCUGGGUCAGAUUACCGAUGCAUGGACCGCGCUCAAUCGCAUUCAAGAAUUUUUGCUUGCAGAGGAGCAGAAGGAGGAUAUCAAAUGGGACGAGUCGAUGGAGAACGCCAUCGAGGUGGAACACGCGUCUUUUACCUGGGAGCGAACGCCAACCCGCGAAAAUGAAUCGAAAAAUCCCCCGAAGCAGCCGAAAGCACUGACAGAGAAGAACCAAGAUGACAAUUCGAGCGUCGACACCGCUGUCGAGCCUUUCAAACUGACCGACCUCACCUUCUCCGUCAAACGAAACGAACUCCUGGCCGUGAUCGGAACGGUGGGAUCCGGCAAGACGUCCCUUCUCUCGGCCCUCGCAGGGGAGAUGCGACUGACCGGGGGAGAGGUCCGGCUCGGUGCCAGCAGAGCUUACUGUCCUCAGUACGCAUGGAUCCAAAACACCAGCGUCAAGAAUAACAUCUUGUUCGGCAAGGAAUACAACGAGGAAUGGUAUAAUCAAGUCGUCGACGCCUGUGCGCUGCGGCCCGACUUUGACGUGUUCCCGGCUGGCGAUCAAACGGAGAUUGGGGAGCGUGGCAUCACGGUAUCGGGCGGUCAGAAACAGCGUCUCAACAUUGCUCGAGCCAUCUAUUUUGAUGCUGAUAUCGUCCUGAUGGAUGAUCCCCUGUCUGCCGUAGACGCCCAUGUCGGUCGCCAUAUCAUGGACAACGCCAUCUGUGGACUUCUGAAAAAUAAGUGUCGAAUCUUGGCCACCCAUCAACUUCAUGUGCUUAGCCGCUGUGAUCGGAUCAUCUUGAUGGAAGAUGGCCGCAUUAAUGCCGUCGAUACGUUUGACAACCUGAUGCGCGACAACCAGGUCUUCCAGAGGUUGAUGUCCACCACGUCCCAAGAAAAGGGGAAGGGGGAGAAGGAAAAGGAGGAUGAAGUCGAGGAAGACCAAGGGGGAAAGCCGCCCAAGAAGAGCAAAACUGCCAAACCAGCGGCGCUGAUGCAGCAGGAGGAGAGAGCUGUGGACUCGGUGGGCUGGGACGUAUGGAAGGCAUACAUAUCGGCGUCUGGAAGCUUUUUGAACCUGUUUAUCGUUCUCGGCGCGAUUAUCCUGACCAAUGGAGCCAAUAUUGUGACCAGCCUGUGGCUGUCGUACUGGACAUCGAACAAGUUUCCACUCUCGGAGGGCCAGUACAUUGGCAUUUAUGCGGGGCUGGGUGCUUCGCAGGCGGUGUUCAUGUAUAUCUUCUCGACAGUCUUGUCGACCGCUGGAACAAACGCCAGUCGAACUAUGCUGCAACGUGCCAUGACUCGAGUGCUCCGAGCACCUAUGUCCUUUUUUGACACGACGCCGUUGGGACGGAUUACGAAUCGAUUCUCGAAGGAUGUCCAUGUCAUGGACAACGAACUGACAGACGCGAUGCGUAUCUAUGCUCUCACCAUCACGAUGAUUCUGUCGGUGAUAGUGCUGAUUAUUGUGUUCUACCACUAUUUCGCCAUUGCGCUCGGCCCCUUGUUCAUUCUUUUCCUUAUUGCGGCGAAUUACUACAGGGCUUCGGCUCGAGACAUGAAACGAUUCGAAGCCGUACUGAGAUCACACGUCUUUUCUCGCUUCGGUGAAGCGAUCUCCGGCGUUGCUUGUAUCAGGGCAUAUGGACUGCAGAAACAGUUCAGUCGCAGCAUCGCUGAAGCGAUCGAUGACAUGGACAGUGCCUACUUCCUGACGUUCUCCAAUCAGCGUUGGCUGAGUAUCCGGCUUGAUGCCGUUGGAUACGUGAUGGUGUUUGUGACAGGUAUUCUUGUGGUGACAUCGCGAUUUGAUGUGUCGCCCAGUAUCUCUGGUCUUGUGCUUUCAUAUAUUCUUGCCAUUGUGCAGAUGCUGCAAUUCACCAUUCGUCAGCUGGCCGAAGUGGAAAAUAACAUGAAUGCUACUGAACGAGUCCAUUAUUACGGAACGCAGCUGGAGGAAGAGGCACCAUCACACCUUGGCAAGGUGGAACCUGAUUGGCCGCAGACAGGCCAGAUUACAUUUACUGACGUGCAGAUGCGUUACCGUGCUGGUCUCCCUCUUGUCCUUCGGGGACUGAACAUGGAUAUCCGCGGUGGAGAGCGCAUCGGUAUCGUUGGACGGACCGGCGCGGGCAAGUCAAGUAUCAUGUCUGCGCUGUUCCGCAUCACCGAGCUUUCUGGAGGCAGCAUCAAGAUCGAUGGUGUCGACAUUUCCACAAUCGGUCUUCACGACCUCCGGUCGCGCCUGGCGAUCAUCCCGCAGGAUCCAACCUUGUUCAAAGGCACUGUUCGGUCCAACUUGGAUCCAUUCAACGAGCAUACCGAUUUGGAAUUGUGGGACGCGUUGAGGAAAGCCGAUCUGGUCGGGAAAGAGCCGGGUGAGGAGGAGGACGAGAAGAGUGGCCCAGCGGAAAACGGGAAUGGCGAAAAGACACAGAGCGCGACUCGUAUUCAACUGGACACGCCCGUGGAGGAAGAAGGUCUUAAUUUCUCGCUGGGACAGCGCCAGCUGAUGGCACUUGCUCGCGCGCUGGUGCGCGACUCGCGCAUCAUCGUCUGCGACGAGGCGACGUCGUCGGUGGAUUUCGAGACAGAUCGGAAGAUCCAGAAGACGAUGGCGACUGGAUUCAAGGGCAAGACGGUGCUGUGUAUUGCGCACCGGCUGCGCACGAUCAUCACGUACGACCGGAUCUGUGUGAUGGACCAGGGGCAGAUUGCGGAGAUGGACACGCCGUUGAAGCUGUGGGAGAAGAAUGGGAUCUUUCGGGGGAUGUGCGACCGGAGCGGGAUCAAGAGGGAGGAUUUUGACAGCCCUGAUUAUGAACAGUGA